AUGUACAUAGCCAUCAAAGGCACAGUUUUCGAUGUCUCGCACAAUCAAGCUGCCUACGGCGUCGGUAAGGGCUACCACGUAUUCGUUGGCAAAGACGCGUCACGAGCUCUUGGGAAAAGCUCUCUGAAGCCCGAGGAUACGUCACCCGAUAUAAGCUGGGAUUAUUCCACCUUAACGGAGAAACAACUGAAGGUCUUGGAUGACUGGUUCACGUUUUUCAGCAACAGGUAUAAUAUUGUGGGCCGUGUAAGCGAUCUGCCUACGAAGAAGGACACGUAG